AUGGCUGUCGCCCUUUUGGGCAAGUGCAUCGCGCUGCUGGGUCUUGUCGUGCUGCUCUACGCCACCUGCUAUGGCUUCCGGAUACGCGACAUCGUGCCGCAGACGCACCAUCCGACCGUUUGCGUCCCGGCGCAUGGCAGAGCAUGCCCAGCGGAAAGAACGGUGACAACCGAGGGACCGAUGUACUCGGCCAGGAAAUGGCACGAAGGCACAGUGCCGCGGACCAUCGCUGGUGCCCGGAAACCACCUGCCGAGUCGACAUCAGACGUCGGAACAGAGAGAAUUCGAAUCGAGAAGAUUACCGAGCAUUCGAGAAACAGAGGUACAACUGGAUCUACGCCGAGAAGCUCCAGGAUAGAUAGUGACGGGGUAGAUGAUGAUGAAGAGGAGGAAGAGAUAACUGUGGAAGUGGAAGGCGAGGAGGAGGAGGAUGAAGAAUCGGUGGAGGAUUCCGAGAGAGAUCAGGCAGAUGGAAAGAUAAUUGAAGAAGAAAGAACAGUGUCCGACGCUGAGCUAUCGGCUGAAGAUACUGAGGAUAAGGAAAAGAAAGUGAAAAAAAAGUUUUCUCUUGAUGAUGAUGAAAAUAAUGAUAAAGAUGAAGAUGAUGAAGAUGAUAAAGAUGAAGACGAAGACGAAGAUGAUGAAGAUGAAGUUGAUGAAGAUGAGGACGAAGAUGAAGAUGAUAGAAAAGCUGUUAAAAGAGAUUCAAAGAAACAAGAAAUUAAGACCGUAAAAAUUAUCAAAUCAGUGAAAUACGGUAAAAGUAAAGCUGAUAGUGAUGACGGCAAGAAAGAAAAGAAAGAUAAUAAGAAAAAAGAAGAAGAGAAAGCUAGAAUAGAAGAACGAAAAGCAAUCGAAUCAUUUAAAAAACAACUUGAUGUACCACGUGAAAAACCAGAAAAAGAUAAAGAUGAAGAAAAUGACGAUAAAGUUAAGGAGUCUGAUGAAAAAACCGCUUCAGCACCCAAAAAAUUAGAGAAAGUGAGGUUCGCCGAUAAAGAUAAACCGAGGACAGCUAAAAUUUUACCUAGCAAAAGCGAGGUGGAAAAACCAAAGCAAGAAGAUAAAAGAACAGCUGAUGUCGCGAAGCCGACGGUUGAGAGCGUGAAAAAGACGAUCGAAAGUACAAAGAAAAUCGAAUCGAUCGAAAGCACGAAGAAAUCAGUCGAAAGUCCCAAGAAAUUAACUGAAGGCACGAAAAAAGUUGAAUCGGUUAAGACUACUCCUAAGCCUAAGGCUGAGGUGCCUCAAACUUCAACGAAGGUAGACGAAAAAUCGAAGACGCGAGUGAAAUCGGAAACUUCAACACCUGCACCAAAGAUUAAGGAACAAGCGAAACAACCGGAGAAGGCGGAUGUCAAAAAAGUAACAACGAAACCAACUUCGAAACCGUCGAAGGAAGUUUCGCAAGCGGAGAAACAAGAAACGAAACCGAAAACGAAGAAACAUACAGAUGCGUCUGUUACAUUGUCCGAAGUGAAUGAUGCAAUUCUGCGUAUACCGACCUUCGUGCCAAAUUUUACGAACGUUGAAAAUCCGGAAUGUCAGCAACAUGGCAAGAUAUUUCUGCGACAAUUGAGAGGUUACAAGUUGUGGGCGCUGCAAAUGUUAGAUUCGAGCGCAAAAAUUCCGUCGGGCUUGUUACGAGGAAACGUGAAUCAGCUCGGGGAUUACGAUCAAUGUUUGGGUGUGUUGGCGCAUGUUAAAGUGGACGAGAAAACGAUAAGAAUUCAAGGGAAAUAUUGCCUGGCUACUGUGGACCUGCACGCUUCCCAUUCAGAUAUGAGAUUGCCGGUCAAUCUAAUGCAAGCCCGCGCUUUUAUACGAGGAAAUAUGCACGACCCAGGUCAUUUCAUUCCAAAAUUCACUACGUUUAACUGGGCGCUGUGUCUACCCGCGGCAUGUUCCGCUCAGGACGCUGAGCGUGCUUUAGGAAGUGCCUUAAAGGAUUACAAUGAAACUGUCGGAAUUAAAUUUACGGUGGACGUCGAUCCUAGUAUGUGUUACGUCAAGCAAAAGUCUCAGACCUACUCGAAAGAGACGAUCGGUGUCUUGUAUUUUUACGCUAUGAUUGUUUGUCUCGUUAUUGUAGCGACUGUGAGGGAUUACUUUGUGGAGCCACGAGGAAAAGGAAAUUAUUCUGAGAGGAUAAUCAUGUCAUUUUCCUUACGAAGGACGAUUAAAGCCUUAUUAAAGGAAGCGACGGACGGUGCGGAUAUUACGUGUAUUUACGGAAUAAGAGCGCUGGCUACGAUCGCUCUUUACGUUGCUCACCAGCUUAUAACAAUUUCCCGAAUACCGUUUAGCAACCGCACUUCUCUUACCGAGAUCGCCAACAGCCCGGUCAGCUCUAUUCUGCGAGUGUCGUUAGUUUACACGGACGCGUUUCUACUGCUAAGUGGCGUUCUCACUGCUUACAAUAUGGCGAGAGAACUGAAGACUCGCGGUGAAAUUCGCUGGUUUUGCCGUUUUAUUGCCAGAUUUAUCAGACUCACACCGGCGUUACUCGCGGUGGUCUUCUGGUACGCGUUCGUGAUGGAGCAUAUCGGCUCGGGUCCGCAAUGGAACAGCGUCGUCACAGCGAACGCGGAGCUCUGUAAGUACAACGCGUGGACGAAUCUGUUGUACGUGCAGAACUUUAUCCCGUUCGAAGAGAUGUGCGCCACGCACACAUAUCAGUUGGCCUUGGACAUGCAACUGUCGCUCUUGACGCCUAUCUUGGUCUUCUUCUUGCAAUACAAACUCCUCAUCGGUAUUCUUCUGAUGGCCUUCCUUCUUUUGUUAUCCGCCACUGUUCGUUACAUAGCGACGAUGAACAAUUAUCUGUCUCUCGUCAUUUAUCAUGGGAUAUCAUUAAAGCGCCUUUACAAGACUGCCAAUUUAACUUACGGGUUGCCGCUGCACAGAGCGACGCCGUACGUCUUCGGCGUCGGCCUCGGUGUGCUGUUACAUUAUACCGGGAAGAACGUCAGGAUUCAUAAGGUGUUAGUGAUCUUGGGAUGGUUGAUCGCGGCGGCAUUGGGCUCAUGGUCGUUAUUUUCACCCUGGCGUCAGGCCAGGCGAGACUACGUGUACGAUGUUGAAGAGGCUACUCACUAUGCAGUAAUCGGACCGGUGCUGUGGGCCACGGCUCUAUGCUGGUCAAUAUUUGCCUGCUUCACGGGGCACGGAGGCGGUAUUAACAGAUUCCUCUCCAGUUACUGGCUGGUGAUCUUCAGCAAGAUAUCGUACGCCAUGUAUCUAACGCAAUUCGCAGUAUUUUUCCACAACGUUGGGACCACGAGAUUCUCUAGGGAAUUUCAGCCUCAUAGAGCAAUUGAUCCUCUGGAAGUAGCAAUAGUGAUAGCCGCGUCAGUCGGUUUGACGUUACUUUUUGAUCUUCCGAUGCAGGAGGUAAAGAACGUCAUAAUGGAAAGCACGGACGCUUCGGCGCUCGAAGCUUCCAAGGAAAAAAAGACACCCGCGAGGGAAGGUAAAAACGCCGAGUCCAUCGAAACUACAAAAGUAGCAGUCGAGCAAGCGAAUGUUUUUGAGGAUGUAAUCGCGUCCACCGAAUGGGAUCGGCAUGAAGCGGAAGAGGAAACAGUAAACGUACCAACCUUGAAGAAGGUAAAUGGAAAACGAAUGUCAUACAGCGAUCAUGAUUUCGAAGAGAUAUCGAACAAAGACCGAACCAAGUUAACGAUUAGAAGAUCACCCAGAGACACGGACCGUAAGAUAGGCAUGAACAGCCAGAGAUACGUAACGGAUGACUCUGAAGAAGAAGCUAUUGAAUUUCUGAGAAGUCAGCGAGAGCAUGACGAGGCUGUAGCUCAGCGUAACAGACGUUCGUCAUCCAGAACCAAAGAUAACAAGAGACUGUCAAAAGAUAACGAAAGUGAAGAAGAAUGGCAACGCAGAAAGAAGAUUGAGGAUGAUUUGAGGCAGUUCAAGAGAUCCGAGUCCAGAGGAAGAACGUCGGCCAAGGAAAUGGACGAUUAUCGUUCUUGGGAAUUCGUCGGAAAGGAAGAUUCGUCCGCCAGAGAACAACACGAGUUGAAACCGUUCGUCGUGAGGUCGGCGGAUCUCGCAAGAAGAACGUUCUCUUCCGAGAGCGAGGAGGAACCGUCGGCUCAAGGAAGAGCGAAACCGGUGCGCGUUCCGAGUUCCGAAACAAGAACGAGCGACGAGGAGGAAUGGGAGCGCGAAUUGAGGAUACGGAGGAAACAGUUUAUGGAGAAGUUGAUUGCUCAGCAGCGCGAGUCAUUAAUUGAGAAAGACAGCGAGGCUGGUGCGGAAUCUUCGAAACGUAGAUCCUCGGCGGAGGGCAGGAUAGCCUUGCUAAAGGACGAUAUCUCGGGUGAGGAUAACAUGGACUCGUGGACCGUUAGCGUUGGUCCGCGAAUCACGCUCCUCGGAUCUUCCCAAGAACGAAGCGAGCCCGAAGAAGACAGUACUUACAUGCGACGUAGGGAAUACCGCGAACAGGGUCCACCAUCGAGAGAUGAGAGUCUAAGCGAGGAAGAGAGCAGUCAAGACACCUCGAGGAGACAAUCCUACACUAGCGGUAGUCAGAAAACGUCCCUAGAGGAGGAAGACGAAGCUAACAAUUACUUCAUCCUGACCAAGGAAAGCAAAAGAGAAUCUUUACAAGAUUUAUCGCAAUUAUCGCAGGAAGAAUUGGUGAGUGCCGGAUGGAACGUUGUGAAGAAAGAAGGUGAUCUUUCGGUCAGACCGACGUCGACCGGAUUAUUCAAACGGGAGUCUAUAGUGAAGAGUCAGGCGAGCGAGGAGGAUCCCGAGUACCUCCUGCCGGAAAGGCCCAAGCUCGUGCAACAGGAGCGAGAACAUCCCUUCAAGAAAGCCUGGCAGAUGCAGAAAUCUAGAUCGGAGGAGGAGGGCUCCGCGGCGUACAUCAUAAAGGAUUCCAAGGAGCAGCAAACCGAGACUAAGACGAAGGAAUCGCCGAUCAAACGCGAGCGCAGCGGCGAGCAGUCCGAUGAUAUAGAGUCAUUCGAAAACGAAUCGGUCGAAGCUACUGUGGUGCUACGAGGUACGAGCACAGAUACAGAGGAUACAAGAACGAGUUCAACGAGAUCUGGCACGGACGAAACAGAUUCGGUCUCGACGGAAUACAGUAGAGCUACGCGCGAGGGAGACCACAGGCGGAGCUCGAAAUCUGAGACCGACGAAGAUUCCGCGAAAUUUAAUUGGCCCGGUGAGGAGGAGGAGGAGGAGGAAGAGGAGGAGGAGGCGACGGAAGAUGAGAUCUACGGGGCUGGCCGGAGGGGAGAGUCGGAGGAAGCGGACUGGGACUGGGAGCGCGAGGAAACUUGACGAAAAUGACUUUAGACGAUUGUACAGAGUGACUACAUCUUACCUUCAAAUUUGGUUGAAGGCAAAGACGAGGAGAAACGAUGACUGGAUCGCAUAGCUCAAACGGGGUUGUGCGAUUUACGAGAAGAAAGAUACGUUGGCGAUGAUACAUGGAAAAACGAUCAAAAUUUACAUACUUAAUGAUUAUACUAUAUAAGUUAAUAAAUUAUGAAGAAAAUAUUCUACGUA